GCGAGUUGACUGGCCACACCUGGUAUCUUUAUAAAAUGCUACACUUGACAGCAUUUGCUCCGUUUUAUCUAGUGUGGCAAUGGGUGGACGUUUGUUUCUUUGUGCAGUCUUAUUGCAGUUGUCAGGGUUCUCGCAAGUUGUUUCAGCUGGAAGCAGUCCUUUGAAGUGUGCUGUGGGCAAUAAACCAUGCAGUGAUGGCUCAGAGUGUGUCCUCUACAACUAUGUGUGUGAUGGAGAGCCUGACUGCAAGGAUGGUUCAGAUGAAGAGGACUGUGCAUCAGAAUGCAGUGAAGAUCAGUUCCAGUGUGCCCAUGGCAAAAAGUGUAUAGACAAGGACCAGGUGUGUGAUGGUGUACCUCACUGUCAGGACCGCUCUGAUGAACUGCAGUGUAUGAAGCAAACUGAGGGCUGUGUUCACCACUGUGACAACAAGAGUCGCUGCUUGCCUCCAAAGCUCCUCUGUGAUGGAGAAAGGGACUGUAUAGAUGGCACAGACGAGGCCAACUGUGAGGACCAAGAGGAAGAUGGGCAUGAAAAGGAAGAAGGAACCAGUACAACGUCUCUGCCUUUUGCCUCUGUUGUCUCACCGACUCCCAUCAAGUGUCCUUUUGGCUCUAAACCCUGCAAGGAUGACAUGGAGUGUGUCCUCUACAAACACGAGUGUGACGGAGAAGCAGACUGCAGAGAUGGCUCAGAUGAGGAAGAAUGCACACUAGUCUGUGCAAAGGACCAGUUCCAGUGUGCCCAUGGAAAGAAGUGCAUAGAGCAGGGCCAGGUGUGUGACGGUGUGUCUCAGUGUCAGGACCGCUCUGACGAAAUGGGAUGUGCCAAGCAGAUGGAGGGCUGCGCUCACCAAUGUGAUAACAAAAGCCGCUGCAUUCCAAACAGCUUCCUCUGUGACGGGGAGAGAGACUGCGGGGACGGCAGCGAUGAGAAAAACUGUGUAGAUGAAGGCUGCAGUGCCACAGAUUUUAAGUGUACCAGUGGCCAGUGUGUGUUGGCCACAAUGCGUUGCGAUGGUCACCCAGACUGCUGGGACCGCUCGGAUGAGGAGAGCUGCACCAACGCACCAGCCUGUACCACCAAACACCGCUGCCCCAAGAGCAAGGAGUGUCUGGUGCAGGAGUGGAUCUGUGACGGGGAUCAGGACUGCAAAGAUGGCACAGAUGAGAAGGAUUGUCCUCUGGCUCCACUGAACUGCGCUGAGUUCCAGUGGUCAUGUAAAUCCAAGACCGAGUGUAUCCCUACAGCCUGGAGGUGUGAUGGCAUGAAGGACUGUGAUGAUGGCAGUGACGAGACUGAAUGUGGGGUGGUAACAUGCCUCCCUCACCAGUUCCAGUGUGGCAGCCAGGAGUGCCUGGAUCCAUCCCUGGUGUGCAACGGCAUUACCAACUGUGCAGACGGCUCAGACGAGGGAGGCAGUUGUCGGAUAAACUGUGCAGAGGCAGAUAGCCGCCGCUGUUCCCAGAACUGCUACAACACGCCACAGGGAACCCGAUGUCGCUGUGCAGCAGGAUUUAAGCUCAUGGAAGACGGACUGACCUGUGCUGAUAUUGAUGAGUGUGAGAGUCCAGGGGUGUGCAGUCAGCUGUGCUACAACACUCCAGGCUCUUACCAAUGUGACUGUCACCCCGGCUACAUAAUCGAGGCAGACGGACGCCAGUGCAAGAUCACCGGUGAACCCUUCCUGUUGGCGUCAAUCCAAACAGACCUCUUCUUGUUGGGCCUACGCAGUGGCAGCCUGGAUGUGUUGUCCUCCUCUGCCAAGAAGGCCAUCCUCUCCCUGGACUAUGACUGGAGAGAGCAGAGGGUCUUCUGGGUCAGUCUGGACACUGAGAGCAUUAGGUGGUCCUCAUUGGACCAGAAGACCACAGGAACUCUGAUUAAAGGUGUCAGAGCUGAUUCUGUAGCUGUGGACUGGCUUGGGAGGAACCUGUACUGGAUCGAUGGAGUAAACAGCAAGAUUGUUGCUAUCAGACUGGCCACAACCACUGUGAAUUCACUGAACCACAGUGUCAUCUUGGAUGAAGACCUGGAUCAGCCUCGCUCGCUAGCACUGUUGCCACAGAAAGGGCUGAUGUUCUGGACAGAGAUUGGUAAUGUGGUGAAGAUAGAGCGUGCUGGAAUGGACGGGUCAGAGAGGACAGCAGUGGUUAACUCCAGUCUGGGCUGGCCGGGUGGUGUGGCUGUCGACACAAUCUCUGACAGAGUCUACUGGACAGAUGAAAGGCUGAGGGCGAUUGGAUCUGCAACACUAGAUGGAGAUGACAUUCGGAUUCUGCAGAUGAAAGAGACGACCAAUCCAUUCUCCCUGGCAGUGUUCAAUGACAUCCUGUACUGGUCUGAUGCCAAAAAACGUGUUGUGCUGGCUGCUCAUAAAAUCUCUGGCAAAAACCGCCAAGUUCUCCUGAAAAGACCGAGACAGCCAUUUGGCGUCAAGAUCAUCCACCCGUUGCUCCAGAUGGGUAUUGAGGGCCUCUGUGAGAAGACGCACUGUUCCCAUAUGUGUGUGUUGGCCCCAGGACCUAAGGCUGUGUGCAAGUGUCCCUCUGGGCUUUUACUGGCUGAAAAUGGCCUGACUUGCUCCAGCCUGGUCAACUCUGCAUUCCUGCUGAUGCUGUCUCCCUCCACUGUCACCCAGAUCUAUUUGCAGUCCAGACACACAGCAGCCGAGUUGAAUGGCUGGCCUGAACACUUGGCCCUGCAGGUGCCCAGUGUCAAUGAAGCAGCCAUCAUGGACUACAGCCUACAUGACCACACCCUGUUCUUGACGGACGAUGGCACAACUUCACUCAGCUCCUUCAAACUGAAGGACUCUGACUUGUCUCCUCAGGGCCGGCUUCUAAAACUCCUGGGAGACACAAUCACCGCCAUGGCCCUGGACUGGGUAACAUUUAACGUCUACUGGAGCAGCAACAAACAACCCCGUCUGCAGGUCACCUCCAUUACCGCUGCACAUACCGCUGUUCUCAUAAAGGAAGGUAUAAGUAGAGUGAAGUCCAUCGCCCUCCACCCUCCCAGGGGAAGAGUUUGUUUUACUAACCUGGGCCUGCAGGGUACAGGUACUGUGGCUACUGUAGAGUGUGCCAACAUGGAUGGUGCUGGGCGGAGCGUGGUGUGGAAGGAUGCUGUCCAGCCCACAUCUCUGGCCUUCUCCACUAAUGGGGAUACAAUUUACUGGGUUGACACUGGUUUAGGGACCGUCAGCUCUGUCCAGCUUGACGGCUCAGGAUACAGAGAGUUGAAAGCUGGUGAUGGCUUGGCUGCUGUGGCUCUGAGCGAUGACGCACUACUCUGGAUGACUGUCAGUGGUAAUGGCCUAUAUAAUAAGACCAGGAUCUGGUAUAGAGAUGAGCAGCAGCAGAACAAGUUGUGGUUUGAGGUCGGCACAGAGGUGGUCAGCCUAAAGGCGUUCAGCAAGUCCAGUCAGACUGGUUCCAACCAGUGCACAGAAAACAAUGGCAACUGCCAGCACUUGUGCCUCGCCACCCCAGGAGGUCGAACAUGCAAGUGCGCACAUGACCACAUCCUUGUAAAUGCCACCCACUGCAGCCCAGAGCAGCACUGCCCAGAUGGCAGCAGGCCCUGUCUGGAUCAACUCUCAUGCCAACCUGUUGAGAAGUUCUGUAACGGGCACACUGACUGUUAUGACCACUCAGAUGAGAACUGCGUCACACUUAAGCAGUGGUCAGGAGCCAAGGUCCAUGCUCCCACCAGACCCCUCAGCUCCUCUACUCCACCCUCUUCUUUCCCUGCUCUCUCUGAGGUCGCCAGCCCAAACAACACCCUGAAUGUAGGCGGUCAGCUGAUGAACUUGGACACCCAGGAGUGCAGCCAGAAACUCUGCAGUGGCAACGGACGCUGUGUGGUGAUCAAUGGAGACACUGCGUGUGUGUGUUCACUGGGCUACAGUGGCGAUUCCUGUCAAGACCAUCUCUUGAAGACCUUGCAGAAUCCUUUUGUCUAUGGUGCCGCGGGCCUCUGUGCAGGAAUGGUGGUCAUUGCUGUGAUGGCAGUGGUGGUUAAGAGGAGGAAGAGUGCCAACACAAGGAGAGCUAGCCCCGCAGCAGUUAAGGAAACCAGUAUGACUGACCUGGAGAACAAAGCAGAGACCACGCAAAGUACACAAAUUUCCCCAGCCCCAAACACAGAUGAUCCAGAGGAAGUGGUAUCUUCUGUGGAUUGAGGCUGGUUCCUGGGCAAGCAACGUUUUAAAUAAACAGUUUGCAUUUUC